AUGAAAGUUUAUAAACUGGUCCUUUUGGGCGAUGCGGCGGUAGGAAAAACGGCAUUUAUAGGGCGACUUCUAGAUGGAUCAUACCCGGAAAAGUACGAGCCCACAGUGGGGGUGGAUCUGACCCCUUUGACCUUUCGCACGAACCGCGGAGAUAUUCACUUUAUGGUCUGGGACAUCGCUGGUCAGGAAAUGUUGGCUGGCCUGGGCGAUGGAUACUGCAUCCAAGCUGACUGCGCAAUUAUUAUGUUCGGUCUGAACUCGAGGAAAUCGUUUGCCAUUUGUGAAAAGUGGCACCGCGACCUGAUGCGCAUCUGCAGCCAAAUCCCGGUGGUAAUCUGCAAAAACCGGGACAUGGUGAUAAUGGAUGACCGAAGGAUGCGGAACAAUCAGUCGUUUUUCGGCCGGAAGCUGAACUUGGUCAACUAUGAAAUAUCAGUGAAAUUGAACUUUAAUUUGGAAAAGCCUUUCCUGUAUCUUGCACGUAAGCUGCUCAAUGAUCCCAAGCUAAAUUUAAUUCAGAAUCCAGGACCCCCAAAGGAAAUCAAGGUCGAAGGAGAUUUAACCCCAGCGAUGGAAUUAUAG